AUUUUUUUUUCUGAGGCUUACUUGACGUCCUCAAUUAUUUCAAUCGGCCAUUUUCUAUUUGACCGUCUCCUUGCGCUCACGUAUCAACAAUGGCGGACGCUGCUCCAGCCGCUGGUCGUGGCGGAUUCCGCGGUGGUUUUGGUUCACGGGGUGGCGAUAGGGGCCGCGGGGGUCCCCGUGGUCGUGGCCGCGGGCGCGGCCGUGGUCGCGGACGCGGAAAGGAAGACCAGAAAGAGUGGGUGCCCGUCACCAAGCUCGGUCGUCUAGUCCGCGAGGGCAAAAUCGACAAGCUUGAGAGCAUCUACCUGUUCUCUCUGCCCAUCAAAGAGUUUGAGAUCAUCGACUUCUUCCUCGGGUCUUCGUUGAACGAUGAAGUCCUCAAGAUCAUGCCUGUGCAGAAGCAGACCCGCGCCGGUCAGCGCACCCGCUUCAAGGCGUUCGUGGCCAUCGGCGACAACAACGGGCACAUCGGGCUGGGCGUGAAGUGCAGCAAGGAAGUCGCGACCGCUAUCCGCGGUGCCAUUAUCCUGGCUAAGCUGUCUGUGCUCCCCGUUCGCAGAGGGUACUGGGGUAACAAGAUCGGAAAGCCCCACACCGUGCCUUGCAAGGUCACCGGAAAGUGUGGUUCAGUCACCGUUAGGCUGAUCCCUGCUCCCCGUGGUACUGGCAUUGUGUCUGCCCCAGUCCCGAAGAAGCUUCUCCAGAUGGCUGGUGUCCAGGACUGCUACACGUCGGCCCGUGGCUCCACUGGCACUCUUGGCAACUUUGCCAAGGCGACCUAUGCUGCAAUUGCCAAGACCUAUGCGUACCUCACCCCCGACUUGUGGAGGGACAUUCCUUUGACCAAGUCCCCAUACUCUGAAUUCAAAGCCUAAACUAUCCAAGGAUGGAAUAGAAUAAAACAUUCAGAACUUUA